AUGGCCGAGUUCAAUCUCCUCCAGUGGACUAUCAUCCUCAUUCUGAUCGCUGUCAUUCUGUCCCUCAUCGUCCUCGCACAGAUCAUCUCCUCUUACACGGCCGCGUACCAAGCGGCGCCGCUCGAAAUUGCAGCAUUUCUUGACACUGCCGACUUUUCCGUCCAGGAGAACGAGAGCUAUGAUCGUGACGUCGCAAAGGUGCAGCGCCUUGAUGAUAAGAUACGUUUGACACGGCUCCUAAGGGAGAUUCAGAAGACGGGCGAUGAUUUGCGUGAGGAUAUCAAUAGUGUGGUGAUCGAGGAGGACACCACCAAGUUAAAGACUUCCGCCAGGCUGUUGUGGGCGUCGAAGCGAUCGAGGUUAGAGGACCGGGUUCGCAGACUCGACAUGCUACGCAUGCGCUUCCUUGUCGUUUAUAUGGGCGUCGUCGCAUCACAAACAAGCACCACUACUCGUGAGAAACCCUCUGUGCCGCCGCCGCCUUCGCCGCCUCUACCUACGGCAAGGGAUCUGGAAAAGCCAUCGGUUUUUAAAACGCCAACCCGCCCUGCUCUUCCUAGGGGCUUAAUGGAGGGUAUCAUCAACCGUCCUCCCUUGCGCAGUUUGACUACCCAGGCUCUCGUUAACCACCCAGAGCCAAUACCAAAACCUAGCCGUAAGGGCUGGGCGGGAGUUGUUCAGGAACUACAAACAUCGCCUAAAAUGCAUCAACGUCAUGCUUCUAUUGAGCGCGCAAUGUCAAGGUCAUAUUCCAAGUCUCCAUGA